UGAAAAAUUAAAAUUUCGAACCUCAACAACCUUAGUAACAACUCAUGACAUGAUUUAACGUAGUCUCCAACUUGGAGUGGUCAUUCGAGUAAGGAAUAAAGUUUUUGUAUAAUAUAGUAGAUACAUCAUAGUUAGUUCGCGAUUAUUCGUUAUCAAAUGGUGUCAAUCAUUUCUCUUCCAAGUCAAGGGAAAAUAAUAUUUGUAGAAUCUUGACCAGGUCAUGCAUUAUCGCAUUUUAUACAUGCAAAUAUAUUAUAUAAUACAUGACCGUAGAUUCCUGUUUUCGUAUAAAUUGAAGGAAAUGGAAGGGACAUAAGUCGGCAAUACAUUAAAGAAUCGAGACACUACAGUUGGAAGUGAUAGUACCAGCAGAACUAUUUAACGAGCAAGAAUGGCGUUACGAUUUCCUGUCAGUAGUGUAUUAUUGGUAUUCGUAUUUCUCUUCCACAUAUGUUCAACUGGAGAUGCAUUAAGUAAAGUAAUAUGCCAAGGCGAUCCGUGCACAAUUAACGGAUCACCAGGUAGAGGUACAUAUAUGAGACAAUGUAAAUCAGCUUUGAACGCUUUUCGGCGUGGAUCUCCUCCAUUAGUUGUCGGAUAUUACUUUUUUGAACCUAUUGUGUGCUGUCCACUCAACGAAUCAUCACCAACAACAACAACCGAAACAACUCCUCAACCAUCAUCUGCAGCAACAACAACCGAAACAACUCCUCCACCUUCAUCUACAACAACCACAGCACCUAUCGAAUCACCUGAAGCAAUAGCGGAAAAAGAAUGCAAUCGCUACAAUAGACCGAGUGGUAUGUACAAGGUGAUACACGGAGAACCUGCUGAAAAAAAUCAAUAUCCACAUAUGGCCGCGAUAUAUGUUAAUAACGCAUUUAGAUGUGGAGGUUCUUUGAUUUCUGAAAAAUAUGUUUUAACCGCGGCGCAUUGUUUUAAAAAGAAGGAAACUAUCGAUCAAAUUCACGUUAUUUUGGGGGUUUUGAAUCUUACGACGGUGGAAAAUGACAUAAAUGCAAGACAUCAAAUUAUCCACAAAACGGAACACCCCGGGUACAAUAAAUCAAACACGCCUGCUGGUUACGAUAUUGCUCUUCUCGAGUUAAAAACUAAUGUAACCUUCAACGCGAGUGUAUUUCCUGCAUGUUUGGCUUAUUCUGCAGCCUUCGAAAAUUAUUCUAUCGACGCAGAAGUUUCUGGAUGGGGAGUAACUGAAAAAACUGGAAAAAUAUCAGAUGUUCUUUUGGGCGCUAACGUUCCUUUGGUACCAAUGGAUGAAUGCCAGAAAUUUAAACCUAGUGCUAUUCCGAACAUACAUUUGUGCGCUGGUGGCAAAGGGAAUGACACUUGUUCUGGCGACAGCGGUGGCCCGUUAUCUGUCUAUCGUGAUAAGCAAAGAAAACACUUCAUCAUCGGUAUUACAAGUUAUGGUGCGAUUUGUACGGAUCCUACUAAACGUAUGUAUCCAGGUGUAUAUACAAAUGUUUUUUUCUACAUUGAUUGGAUACAAGAUAUAGUUUGGCCAAACUGAUUGAAAUCGACUAGAGGAUGUGUGCAACAGGUUAUUAUUUGAGACGUCUGAAUAUUAAAAUUAAUGAUGUUUGAUGUCGAUUUAUUUUCAUAUUGAAAGUAAAGUGAGAAUACGAACUAGCGAUGUGUUAGAAAACAGAAAUCGACCAAUGGUCGAAAACAGGUCAUGUGCCUUUUGUCGUUAUACUUCCCUUUGUGAGGGAAAUUUCUCCGGCCCCAAGUGCUCUAAACAAUGUCCAUAUUAACGGGGAUGUCGUCAAGACGAGAUCGUGUCUCUUUGAGUAUUUUCAAAAAGUGCACCCACCAUUCAGUAAAUCCUACCCUUUAUGGCAAUAUUCCUGAUAAGCUUACAGAUAAAAAAAAAGUAGUAUAUUUAUAUAAUUAUUUUUUAUUUUUACAAAGGCUAGUGUACAUUUCGAUAAAAGCAUCAUUAAAAAAAUGUGUAAGAUGGUGCAUUAUGCAAGCAUUGUUGCCGGAUUGUGCUAUUUACAACUUAAUUAGUAACUUAAAAA